GGUGAUAUCUCACUGCACUCUCAGGCUCUCUCACCGGUGUAGGGUGGGUGGUGCAGGGGCCUGAGCGAACCCCUGUGUGACCAAUGUACAACAAUUCACUAAAUGCUUCCUUACUGUGAGAUGGGAAAUGUCAAUGGUCUCUGAGUGUUGGGCUUGAACAGAAAGGGGAAAUAUGCUUUUAAUAAAUAUGAAAAACUUUUCUGAACAGCCAGAAUUGAAAGCAAUCACAUGGUAACGUGUUAACACGCGGAAAUACUGUUGCCGAGAACAGUACAUACGUUUAAGAGCUCGGAAAUUCUUAGUUUAAUCACUGCUGUAGUUGCUCAGACUGAUGCUGCCGGCCGGAUCGGGAGGGAGCUGCAGCGCUACGCUCUCCUGCGCUGCCCUUUGCUUUGUGACCCGGCGCCUCCUGAACAAUACGCGGGGGCACUUUCGAAACUUCAGGGCGUGCACCCAGCGCGGGCGGCAGCACCAGGAAACGGGAUACGGGCGCUGCUGCCUUAUGAAUAUAUUGAUGACACUUUGAGAUUUGGAAAGACCAUGAUUAAUACAUUCAUUGAGGUGUGACUUCAGUUCUCUGCAGAAAGUGAACCUGGUUCAGUUUGGUUUGCCUCCCGUAUCACAGGUGUGUUCCUACAGCAGGGUUUUCACUCCUUUAUAGUAUUUGAAGUCUUCUGUGCUUAGAAUAGAGAUAUGUCAGUAUGGAAGAAAAUGAGGAAAUGUCACAAGUUCUGUGUUCUUUGGGAGCUGAACAAAUUAGACUUCCUUCUGUGGAAAACACUUUAGUGGAGAUGCUAUCUGUAGAUGAACUCUUGUAGUGUUUUGGGACUUGGGCAUACUCAAUCACCUGUGCAUUUCCUCUGAAAAAUAAAAGAAAACAGGUAAAAUUGGCUGCCUCUAAUUCUGUUCAGAUUGUUUAAAUACAAGCCAUUCAAACCAGGCAUUUUGUUUCAGAUAAAAAUCCUGUUGGUGUAGAUUUGUCUAACUUGCCAUUAAAUUGUAAAAAGGCUUAUCAUGAUAAUUUUUAGUAGUUUACAAGGACUAUUCUUUCUUAAUGUUUUAAUGUCUUCUUAAAUGUGUUAAAUACAUGAAACCAAUAUGAUGCACAAUUAAAAUGGUACAUGCUGCCACUGUGAGUAUAUCUUCAAACUUAGACUUUUGAAAACCUUUUUAACUUUUUUUAAUUGAAAUUUUACAGGGAAUCGAGUUAGUGUAAAGGAAUUGCAAGAGCUGUCUUUAAACAAAGAUUUAACUGGUGCUGAAAGACAUUCCAGAAAUGACCAGAAAUACCAUUUCCAAUGUUCAGGCUAAAAACUGUGAAAUCUGCAAGCAGUUCUGGCUACGGCAAUUUCUAAUGCUUCUUGUGGCCAGAGAUAAAGCCUAUAAUUUAAAUCCUGUAUUAUCAGUUUAUGAUAAAAACAGAAGCAAAACAUUUAAAGAACCAGUGCAUACGAUUUAUAUCAUGAGUAUUUUAGAACUUGUACUGGCUUCAUGUCAUGCAGGACGGAAUGUUGUGAAUAAAUUCUUCCUUUAGUCUGGCCAACACAAGUGUACUUUCAACAGUUGGUAGGCGUGCAGCAUGUUAAAUUAAGGCAUGUUAGCAUGGGCUGCCUUCCAGAGUGGUUAGCUUGGGAUUUGAACACUGUUCCAAACAUUUCUUCUGCGUAUUCAGAUGAAGCACUUAGAAUGAUGUAACUGUCUGCCACACAAAUGUUGGUCUUCUGAACUUCUGAUUUUUAUUCUACCAUUUAUUUGUGCCACACAGCAGUGGCGUGCACCAACAGACUUAGUUUCCUAGAUUUCCUAGAAGAACUUUCAGUUAUUUUGUUUUUCAUCAAAAUUCCCAGCAUCUCUCUUGAGAAACUUUUUUUAGGAAGAAUAAUAAUGUUAAUAGGCUUUGUUAGUACAGACUUCUGACCAUAAAGAAACACUUUUUUACUGUGAGAGGGAGUGAGCACUGGAACAGAUUGCCCAGAGAGACCAUGGAAUAUCCAUUUUUGAAGAUAGCCAAAAGUCAUCUCUUGGUGGUCCUGAGCAGCCUGCUCCAAGGUGACUCUGCCUGAGCAGGGAGUUGGACAAGGUUCCUCCAGAAGGCUCUUUUGAUCUCAAUCAUUAUGUGAACUGAAAUUUUAUAACUGCCUGGUAAAAUCUUUAAUGCUCUUACCAAUCCCACUGGGACAGAGAGACAUAAAAUUAUAUUGCAACCAAAACUUGAUGAGCACUUGGAGCUCCUGCUGACCACAUCAGGCAUUUGGCUCUGUGCCCUUUUGGGAGGCCAGCCCUGUGCUCCCAGUGGCUGUGUCAACCCAUGCAGACUGUACACAGUGUGGUACCACUCUGAUUGUGAAUCCUAAGGGUUAUUUUGUCUAGUGCAAAACAUGUUAUUAGUUUAAAACUCUUUAAGACCUUAUUUCAGAGCAAAAGUGUUUAAAAUGCAAAUUUGUGUCUUCUUCCUCUGCUGUAUGACAGUUUCAUGUUUAACCACCAUUUAUCUGCAUAGGAGUGACAUAGCUGUGAGCAUCUCUCUGGUAUCUGUUUGAAGAGGACACUGUUGGGGGGCCCAGGUAUUUCUUUUAUAUUUUAUAGUUAUAGAGGUGUCCGGACUCUGUAAUGGUCAAAGAUUUCCAGUAGAAGAGGAUGAGACAAGAAUUAAAUGCAUGUGGGAGACUCUGGACCUAGGCACUUCAUGCUUUUGAUGCUAGCUGGGAGGGAGCUUGAUAAACACUUAUUGCCACCUUUUCGUAGAAAAAACAGUGUUUCUGAUGAGUGUCCCACGGACUCUGUCAAGUUCUGGGGGUUCUCCUCUGGCACUGAGGAGCAGAACCCUGAGCAGCAGCCUGGCAUCAGUGGAAACCUUUCUCUGUCGUUCUCCUUAAAAGAGCAGCUCAAGAUGAGUGACUAUUCUGGACUUCCAAGUGACCACAGCCAGAUGAUUGCUGAAGACUCAGAAAUUCAAGCAAAGCCUGAACACUCUCAUGAAGUUCUUCAGGAAGAUAUUGAAAUGAGCAGUGGCUCCAGUGGAAAUGAUUCCAGUGGAAAUGACUCCAGUGGGAAUGACACAAAUGAAAACUAUUCAAGUGGGCAUGAUUCUCAUGGUCAUGAAUCUGAUGAAAAUGGGAAGGAUUCAGCAAUGCUCAUGGAAUCUUCAGAUUGUCAUAAAAGUUCAAGCUCAAAUGCGUUUAGUCUGAUGAUUGCAAACUCUGAACACAAUCAGUCCAGCAGUGGAUGCAGUAGUGAGCAGUCCACUAAAGCCAAAACACAAAAGGAAUUGCUGAAAACACUGCAGGAGCUGAAAGCUCACCUUCCUUCUGAGAAGAGAGUCAAAGGAAAAUCCAGUGUCCUAACGACGUUGAAAUAUGCCCUUAAAAGCAUUAAACAAGUUAAAGCCAAUGAGGAAUAUUACCAGUUGUUGAUGAUUAAUGAAUCCCAACCUGCUGGUCUCAAUGUAUCAUCUUACACAGUGGAAGAAGUGGAGACUAUAACCUCAGAAUACAUCGUGAAAAAUGCGGAUAUGUUUGCUGUAGCUGUUUCUUUGAUAACUGGGAAAAUUUUAUACAUCUCUGAUCAAGCUGCUUCUAUUCUCCGCUGCAAGAGGGGCUAUUUUAAAAAUGCCAAAUUUGUGGAGUUCUUGGCACCUCAGGAUGUCAGUGUGUUUUAUACUUCUACCACCCCAUACAGAUUACCAUCAUGGAACAUUUGCAAUAGAGCUGAGUCUUCCACCCAGGAUUGCAUGGAAGAGAAAUCUUUUUUCUGUCGUAUCAGUGCGGGAAAGGAGCGUGAAAAUGAGAUUUGCUAUCACCCAUUCCGGAUGACUCCCUACCUUAUCAAAGUGCAAGAUCCAGAAAUAGCAGAAGACCAGCUUUGCUGUGUGCUGCUUGCAGAAAAAGUCCAUUCUGGUUAUGAAGCGCCCAGAAUUCCUCCUGACAAAAGGAUUUUUACAACUACGCACACACCGACCUGUUUGUUUCAGGAUGUAGAUGAAAGAGCCGUCCCUCUGUUGGGAUACCUACCUCAGGAUUUAAUAGGAACACCAGUCUUGGUGCAUCUUCACCCAAAUGACAGACCCUUAAUGCUAGCAAUUCACAAAAAAAUUCUUCAGUAUGGAGGGCAGCCUUUUGACUAUUCACCAAUCAGGUUUUGCACUAGGAAUGGAGAUUAUAUCACCAUGGACACCAGUUGGUCUAGUUUCAUCAACCCCUGGAGUCGAAAAGUUUCAUUUAUUAUUGGGAGACACAAAGUUAGGACGGGUCCCUUAAAUGAAGAUGUCUUUGCUGCUCCCAACUACACAGAGGACAGGAUCCUGCACCCCAGUGUUCAGGAGAUCACGGAGCAGAUCUACCGGCUCCUACUGCAGCCUGUACACAACAGUGGAUCCAGUGGCUAUGGAAGUCUGGGUAGCAAUGGUUCACAUGAGCACCUGAUGAGUGUGGCAUCCUCCAGUGACAGCACAGGAAAUAAUAAUGAAGACACUCAUAAGGAUAAACCAGAGGUUUGUCAAUAUGCCCGUAAGGUCAAGAAUAAAGGACAGCAUAUUUUCACUGACAGUAAAGCAAAACUGGACUACAAGAAAGAGUCUUUGGCAGAAAAACAGAAUACUGCUGGUGCUCAGGUGAAAGGUGUAGGGGGAAAGGAUACUGCAGGAACAGUUGCUCCAAAAAAUGUGGCUACUGAAGAGCUGGCUUGGAAAGAACAACCUGUGUAUUCCUAUCAGCAGAUCAGCUGUUUGGACAGUGUCAUCAGGUACUUGGAGAGUUGUAAUGUGCCUGGUACAGCAAAAAGAAAAUGUGAGCCUUCAACAAGUGUUGCAUCACUGAGUUCUGGAGUUCAUGAACAAAAAGCAGCUGAUAAUUCUAUCCAGCCAUUGGGAGAUCCUGCUGUGUUGAAGGCAUCUGGUAAAUCAAGUGGUCCCCCAGUGGUUGGUGCUCACUUAACAUCUUUGGCUUUACCUGGCAAGCCUGAAAGUGUUGUGUCUCUCACCAGUCAGUGCAGCUACAGUAGCACCAUUGUUCACGUUGGAGACAAAAAAACACAACCUGAAUUAGAAAUGAUAGAAGAUGGUCCAAGUGGAGCAGAAAUCAUAGAUGGCCAACUUCUUGCCCCUCCAUCCAGUUCUGCACACAUAAAUCAAGAGAAGGAGCCAUUUAAAAAACUGGGACUUACAAAGGAGGUGCUUGCAGUGCAUACACAAAAAGAGGAGCAGAGCUUCUUGAACAAAUUCAAAGAAAUAAAGAGAUUUAAUAUUUUUCAAUCGCACUGUAAUUACUACUUACAAGAUAAACCAAAAGGACGGCCUGCUGAACGUGGUGGCCGUGGACAAAGAAACGCCACUUCUGGAACGGAUCAGCCUUGGAAGAAAAGCGGAAAGAACAGGAAAUCGAAACGCAUUAAACCGCAGGAAUCUUCGGACAGCACAACUUCUGGAGCUAAAUUCCCCCACCGCUUCCCCCUCCAGGGUUUAAAUGCCACAGCCUGGUCACCAUCAGAGACGUCCCAAGCCAGCUACUCAGCAGUGUCCUUCCCCACUGUCAUGCCCGCGUAUUCUCUUCCUGUUUUCCCGGCAGCAGGGGCGGUGCCACCGGCUCCCGAGACUUCUCUCUCUGGUUUCAAUCACUUGCCAGACUCUGCAAACGCUUGUCCUGUGGGGCCAUCCCAGUUCUCUGCACCCUUCAUGACCCCUGUGGUGGCUCUCGUGCUGCCCAACUACAUGUACCCGGAGAUGAACAAUAACUUACCUCAAACGCUUUACCCCGGCCAGCCCAACUUCCCUGCCCAUCCCACCUUCUCCUCACAGACGAUGUUCCCCCCACAGCCCCCCUUUGCCACGGCCAGCCCCUUCCCACAGCAGGCGUUUUUCCCAGCGCAGCCAUUCCAGUACAACCCCCCAGCAGAGACUGAGAGGGCUCCGGUGGCCGAGCCCCGCAACGACCCCUCCCGUUCCUGCACUCCGCAGUCACCGGCUCCUCAGGACCAGGCUUCCCCACCGCUGUUCCAGUCCAGGUGCAGCUCUCCUCUCAACCUCCUGCAGCUGGAAGAAACCACAAAAACUGCAGAGAGCGGAGCAGCUGCGGGGUUACACGGAGCUCUGGCUGAGGAGGGAGCCAUGGGCAACAUCAGCGCAGCAGACAACGGCAGUGGCAAGGAAUCCUUACCUGCUGAAUCUCCAAUGGAUGCUCAAAACAGCGAUGAGCUCUCCAUGUCCAGUGUCCUGCUUGACAUUUUACUGCAGGAGGAUGCGUGUUCAGGCACUGGCUCAGCCUCUUCAGGGAGUGGUGUGUCUGCAGCUGCUGAGUCCCUGGGCUCUGGGUCCAAUGGCUGUGGCAUGUCAGGGAGCAGAACAGGUAGCAGUGAAACUAGUCACACCAGCAAAUACUUUGGCAGCAUUGAUUCCUCAGAGAAUCACCAUAAAACCAAAAUGAAGACAGAAAUGGAGGAAAGCGAGCACUUCAUCAAGUAUGUGCUCCAGGAUCCCAUCUGGCUGCUGAUGGCCAACACAGAUGACACAGUGAUGAUGACUUACCAGAUCCCCUCCCGGGAUUUGGAAACAGUUUUAAAGGAAGAUAAGCAGAAAUUAAAGCAAAUGCAGAAACUACAGCCAAAAUUUACAGAAGAACAAAAAAGAGAGCUUAUUGAAGUUCAUCCAUGGAUUCAGCAAGGUGGACUGCCAAAAACUGUUGCUAAUUCUGAAUGUAUUUUUUGUGAGGACAAUAUACAGAGCAAUUUUUAUACAUCAUAUGAUGAAGAAAUCCAUGAAAUGGACCUUAAUGAAAUGAUUGAAGAUAGUGGAGAAAACAACUUGGUUUCCCUGAAUCAAGUCAGUGAAGAACAAACAUAGCCUUUGAGCCUGUUGUUUUGAAAAUUGCUUCAAAACGAUAGUGAAGGAUCCACAAAGGUUUUCAUCUUUUAUCCAGCUGGAUGAAUGCAGUUCAUAAAAGCAAAUGUGUUUUUCUUGCUCUAGAAGAGUCAUUUGUGAAUGAAUCUCUUUUUAAAUGGUGGCAAUCUCUUCCCAGUAAGGACAUUGUUGAAGAUGGUAUAGCUUUUCUUUAAAAGACUCAUUUUGCACUUACAUGCCUCAAGUAUUUCUUUAUAAACUAUAGAAACUUUCAUUGAUGCCUACUGUUUUUGUAGAGUGGGUUAAGAAGUGCUGAAAAUCUCACAUACAGUUCUUCAAAUCUCCUUUUGGUGGUGGUGGUGGUGGUGGUUCAGCAUCAUAAAUUGUUGAGCAAUUCUGUUAGUGGCUCUUUAGCAUUGUUCUUAAUAUUUGAAGUGGUCCAGCAUAGUAGAAGAAAUAACCUUCAAGGAAAUCAAUUCACACUUGCCCUUCUCAUGACAGUUGAUCCCAUCCUCUUUGUUUGUCUCCUCUAGUUCUGAAUGUAGGAGCUUCUUUUGUCUAAGAGGAACGUUGAGCUGAUUUUAUAAGAUGGUCUGGUAUUAAAGCUCAUGUUGAUGUGUAAGUACAGAGGACUGCAGACAACUUUGUAGCCUUUUAUGUAAAUGGACACUGCAAAACUAUGAACUGUUCAUUACCUUGAAGCAUAAUUUCUGAGAAAUUUUUACUCAAGAAAUCCUUAUGCUUAAAGAUUUUAAAAACUUAAGACCACAGAGGAUGACUGGCCGCGCUCCAGUGGCUGUUAGACAGACCUUGGGGUAGCUUUAACCUUUAUUGCUGACGUGUUCUGCCAGGAGGUUGGCCAUCAGUUUUUCCAAUGUGGCUAAACAAACAUCAAAUUUGUAUGUGGCAAGAGAGAAUUAGAUGUGUCUUGUCAUUUGAAGAUAGUUCUUAUAAAAAAGAAAUUAUUUUCAGAAUAGUGUCGACUCACUCUAUUUGAUUUACAUAAUGUCAAAUUUAGCGUGGCUGGAAUCCUUUGCUGUGGAAGAUUUCAUUUUAAUGCCUCUGAGAUUGUAUUGACUGGAAUGUGUGUACUUUGUGUUCCUGUGCUGUUUAUGUCUGUUGGAUGUGGGAAGAGAACGGGAGAGAACAACUGUUAAUAUGUUGGGUAGUUAAAGGGCUCAUUCAGUCCUUUAAAGCAGUUUAGUUGCUGCAUUGCCCGGUGUCAGCUGUAAGUCUUGGUGUGAAAAGUGACGAAAGUUAAUUGAAUUUAACUUCGAUAUGUUUGUCUUAAAAUAUUUUUCAUGGGAAGCAUUUCCUUUUUUAGUAGGAUAACAUUUCUAUUCCCUGAAAUUUAAGGUUAUUUUCAUUCUAUACAAAUAUUUAUCUUUUUAUACAGAGAGGAUGUGAAGUUAGAUCUAGCACCAAAAACAUGCAAAAGUGACUGGUAUUCGCUUAGCAGAAGAAAUAAUUUGUUUCAAGUAACUAGUUAUCAAUUGGAAAAUUUGCACUGGAGACAGGUUCUGCAGGUAGCAAAGUGUGUCAGCUUGUGAAACAAGCAGAAUCACAAUCUUAAAGAAUGAAUAAGUAUUUUAAAUGAAGCACUACCCAGCAAGAUCUGAUGCCUGUCUUUAACAGUUCAGCAAGGUCAAACGUAAAUAUUUGUAAAUACAAAGUAAAUGAGAAAUUUUCCAGUGUUGGUGUUCACGUCCGAUGUAUUCAAUGUUUUAAUCAUAAAUGGAACAGUGCAGCUAUACCAACAUACUAAAUAUAUUUCAUUUUUACAUGAAAACACAAACAUGGACCAGCGUUUGGGAAAAACAAAAGCUUUAUAUAAAAGGAGUGCAUCAUCAUUAUACAAAUAAUUUUCAAAGACUUCUCAACCACUUUGAACUUCUUUGCUUUAGCAUGCUUUUUUUUUUUCCCCCCAUGUCUUUUUUUAUUUCUCCUCAUUUCUUUUAUUUUUUUUUUUCAGUGACCAUCUUGUAACCAUAACUUAGUGAAAGGAAGAGAAAAGUAUAUUUAGAGCAUUUUGUGGAUGUGCUUACUUAUGGACUUAAUCUUGCAUCCUUAAAGUGUUUGCAUUUACAGGGUGGUAUUAAAAUAUUUUCCUGUAACUUUAAAUCUACAUGCCUCCAUUUAUAGAUAAGAUUCUGAAGCUGUAAUUUUUCCAAACUGUUGUAAGAUGAUUUAUUUGUGAUGACACUUUGUCAACAUGUCAACAAUGUUUUCUGUACACUGUGCAAUAUAUUUUGGUUUUGCCACUUGUGACUAAUUUUUAUGACUUUGCUUUUUAGAAAACUGGUAAAUAAAACAGAUAUAUUUUUA